AUGACGGCUGGUCGCUAUGAGAAGAUGGAGGCGCGGGCGGGGUAUGCGCGCCAGUGGAAGGAGCCCCUGCACAACCCGUGCGCCAAGCCGGGGUUCUGCUGCUACGCCAUGCUCUGCGGGUACUGCGCCAGCUACCAGGCAGUCAGCGCCGCCCCUUCGUCUGCCCCCUGUCUCCAGGUGUUCUUAUGCUUUGCGCAGUCUGUGGCGUCCACCCGCUUCAUGAUUCAGGACGAGCUGUCGAUCCAGAACACGCAGUGUGACAACUGCAUCAUAGGCACCAUGAUCUGCGCGCAGUACCUGGCGUGCAUCUGCUCCCUGGCCGCCUGCCUGACGGGAUCUGAUGAGAUCAACGACAUCGCACAGGUCCUGGACUGCAUCGCGGACGUGCUGUGGUGCUCAGUCUGCGCCUGCAUCCAGGUCCAGCACAAGGUUGAGCUGGACGCCAGGGACAGCGGUGGCCGGGGCGGGGCACCUGCACCCACACAGGCCCCUGGUCUCCAGCAGAUUCAGAUGGGCGGCGCCUACGCCCCGGGCGGUGCCUACGGCCCGGGCGGCGCCUACCCCCCCGGUGGCGGCUACCCGGCGCAGGGUGUGCCCAUGGGCUACCCUCAGCAGCCUGGGGCCAUGUACCGCUGA